AUGGAACGGCAAAUACAUGCCCAAGGAGGCGACGAUGCUGGCCAACAGAUUCCCCACGGUCACCAGGCACCCGAACAGGGUGGCCGACAGAGGCCUCACGGCCUCCAGGCACCCGAACAGAGUGGCCGACAGAAAGAACAAACGAUUGGCCAGCAAGCGCCUCGCGUCAAAGACGUAAAAGAACACAGCGGUCAGCAGGUGGUUCAUGGCCACCACGCACCCGAACACAGCGCUAAGCAGGUGGUUCACGGCCACCACGCACCCGAACACAGUGGUCAGCAAUUGCCACAAUGUCUCCACGCACCCGGAAGUUCCAGCAGCGAAAGUCAAAAUUUCGUUUAUACUCCUCCGCAAACACCUCAGCAGACACCUCAGCAGACACCUCCUCAAACACCUCCGAAAUCACCGCAGGGUGAAAGAUUUCAAUUGUUCCUCCCUGGUCCUAGCGCUGCACAUCUUCUACCUGGUCCUAUUGUUGGACAUUCUCCACCUGGUCCUAGUGUUGCACGUUCUCCAUCUGGUCCUAGUGUUGCACGUUCUCCACCUGGUCCUAGUGUUGCACGUUCUCCACCUGGUCCUAGUGUUGCAUGUUCUCCACCUGGUUCUAGUGUUGCACGUUCUCCACCUGGUCCUAAUGUUGCACGUUCUAAACCUGGUCCUAGUACUGCACAUUCUCCACCUGGUCCUAGUGUUGCACAUUCUCCACCUGGUCCUAGUGUUGCACAUUCUCUACCUGGUCCUAGUGUUGCACGUUCUCCACCUGGUCCUAGUGCUUUAAGUUCUCUACCAGGUCCUAGCGCUGCACGUUCUAUCCUUGACCAUCGCACUGUCCCAGCCGCCCCUCGGCCCUGCGUUUCCAUUGACCUCCCCUACCCUCAAGCCUUCCAAGUUGACCCUCGGCUCCAGACGCCGCGAGUGGCUCUGUCAAACUUGUACCGCCACAUGGACGACGACAGGCAACAGCUCCUCAGAAUCUGGACACGCGACGACGUCUACGCCGUACAAUGUCUUCGGAAUUUCGGGCUUGAGUAUGACUUUUUCUAUCGUGCUUAUCAAUACACUGCUAUUAUGGAGGAGCAACAGGAAGAUCAAGAGAUAAUGGAGGAGCAACAGAGAGAUUAAAUGAAGGAUCUAGUUAGAGAUCUCCUAGAACAUUACUGUAGUGUAAAAAUCGUUCAAAUAAUGGCCGGUUUCAUUACGUUCGAAAAGCCGUGCCAAUUUCAGGAUGAUUGACCAGUUCUGAUGCAUCUUAACUAGAUGCCUUGCAAUGUUGCCACUUUGAUGUUUUCCUGCAAUGGUUGCUUGAAAAUGAUAUUUUACUACAUAUUUACCCUAUCAUAAAAGUGUAAAUAACGAGUAAUUCAAGCGCCCUUAGCCUCAUGGAACUGAUCGUCCCUUGGUCAGAGCCUUGACGAUUUGUCUCUCGCUGUUGCAAUUUCCCCUUUUGAAGAUGAUACUAGCACUGAUUGUGUUCAAGCGUGGCUUGAAUCAGGUGCUGUAUUUAUGUAACCUGAUAUUUUUUAUGGCGUUAACGUGUCAUCGUAUGCGAAAAAGAUUUUAAAAUUAUAAUCCAGCAAUAGUUUAUCUUUUAUUUCUGACUAAACUGUGAAACCAUCGAUUUUAUUUUCUGAGUGUCUGUUGCUGUGAUGGUGUGUUAUUUGUCUACUAGUAAGAAUAAUUUUUUAAUAUAUUUAGGUGACAUUUUAAAUUUUAAAAUAACUUUUAAACUGGCAACUUGUGUUCAAAGAUCGCGCAAUCUUCGAGCGAGAUUAGUCCUGAGCUCGAUUUUAAGAACAUUUAUUCUAAUUGCUUGACUCCUGGAAUCUAUUUGUUGGUUGAAGUAAUUUAAAUAAAUUUUCAU